CAACGCACUUUGAGGUGGCAUGGUGCUACGCUGUUCUGGCUACACCCCAAUGAUAUACCUCUGCCCCUGUAGCCGCACCCCUCGCACCACCCACCAAAGUUGCUGGGAGCGCUCUUUAGCUUUCAACAACGCCCUACAGAGAGUCCUUCCUCCACCGAGUUUGUGUGCAGGUUGCGAGCUGGAUGGUCCCCUGGUUCUGUUGUGCGUUGACAGGAGAGUGCCCAGUGCGCAUACGGCAAGCGGAGGGACAGCCUGUAUAUUUCUCUGGCCACUUCUAGACAAUGAGAUGAGGAGGACGGAAUAUUUUAGGAAUAACACGAUGCAUCUGGGUCAUGUCUGGUUGUGUGCUCAUGGAAAGACGAGAUAUCAUCAAAAGCCUUCAAUGCUGAGGACAGCAGGUACCCAAGCAUUGAGUCUCAGCUUGAACCCAAGCAUAACACAGUAUGCAUCGUACCGUGCGUGGUCAGGCCAAAGAUAGUAUAGUCUAUUUCAUGAUCCACGCCAGCACACACCUGGAAAAGUCAAGGGCGAUGUCGGCUCGUACGGUGAGAAGGGUUUUCAAGUUCAUUCUUGAGAUAAUUCAUUGUUGAC